CCUCCCCCCCGCCCUCUCUCCUCCUCCUCCUCUCCUCCUCUCUGUCCAGAGCUCGACCUAUCGCUCCCUCUCAGCCACUGGGACCCACGCACCAAUAGAAAGGUCCCGCAGGAGCCUGUGCUUAUCACCGUUACCAAGGAGACCACAGAGCCUAGCAAUCUGCUUAGGAACAGCCACUCUCAUCGGAAGAAAACCAAGAGCCUAAGUAGCACUGUUCAUCGUCAUGGACGAGCAGACAAGCAGGAGGCGGGAACUCCACCUUCACUAUCCAAUGAGAAGCCAGGCUAUGUCAACUCACUAGAGGGGGCGGAGAUAAACACGUCACUGGCUUUUAGGGCGGAGCUACUGGCAUUACAGGCGGCGGAGUUUAACUCCCAGAAGGCCGUUCAGGAAACGCUUCAGAAAUCAACGAGAACUAAAAACACCAUAAACAGCAAGGUUACACAAGGUGUGAAUGUCUCUCGCUCACAGCCCCUCUACACCUCAUUGGUCAGUUUGGCGGUCGAGGAAGAUCAGCUGGUCGACGAGGCUGCACGUGAUAGGAUACGGCUUGCCCUGCCUUGCAGUCACCAUGACGACGAGGGUCCUACCCUCUCUCAGUUCUUCACCUCUGACCUCCUGAGAGAAAAGCCCCUCCUCCUGGGGGCGGAGCCACCGUGCGCCCUCCCCCAACUCUCUCCAGACUCUGCCCACUCAGACUUCGACCUCUACAGACGACAAACACGCUGGCUGCCCUGACACACACACACACACACACACACACACACACACACACACACACACACACACACACACACACACACACACACACACACACACACACACACACACACACACACACACACACACACACACACACACAGGUUGCUGUCUGAGAUUUAUGGAAUGCAGGGUCUGUGUUUUGAC